AUGGAGACUCUCGAUGUGCUCGUCAGCUUGGCGCGGGCUCUGCGGGGCCGGGGGCCCUUGAGGCUCCGCAAAGAGGAUUUCGUGCGGGCAUUCAAGACCCUGCCGCUGGCACUGUCUGCCCUGUGCAUGGCGGCGCUGUACAGGUGCGAGUGCCCUCUUCCUCCCCGGAAGCGGCGGGGCGCGCCGCGCGCGCUGCAGGCGAUCCUGGGCCGGCUUUUCUUCGCCCCAACUGGGAGAUUCGUGGACGACUUGUUCGGAAUCGACCCGGAGGGAGGCUGGGCGGAGGGGCCCAUAGCGGGGGCCGCUGGAGCAUCUCGGGUGACGCGCUUCGUAAUCGAGACUUUGUUGGGCUGGGAAUUGGACGAGGAGAAGCGCGCGUCGUCGGCCGAGUCGGCCGAGGAACAGGCGCUGGCUUUCAGCAUCCCGCCUGAGAAAGUGGCCAAGUGGAGGAGCUCCAUUGAGCAGGUCCUCCAGUCUGGCCAGCUGUCGCCCGCGGGUGCGGCCAAGCUGGCGGGAAAGCUUGGGCGGGGCGCUUCCGCCGUCUUCGGCAGGUUGGCAUGGGUGGUCGAUGACGGCUCCCGGAGAAGGUAUGCCGCGGCGGACGUGCCUGCGGCCCUACGGGGCUGGGUGGUGCGCCGGAAAGUGCAGGUGGCCACUUGGGAACUCGUGGCGGCACUCUGCACUCUGGGGACGGUGCUUGCGGAGUAUGGCGACAUCGACAUUGUUUGCUUCAUUGACUCCGCUGUCGCCCUGGGCGCGAUCGUGCGGGGAGCAUCGCGCCAACCCGACUGGAAUGCCUUGGUCGGGAACCUGUGGUUCGGGGCGGCGACCGAAGGGUGCGCCAUAUGGGCCUUUCGCGUGCCCUCCGCACAGAAUCCAGCGGACGCGCCUACCCGCCCGGAGUCCAAGUGGCGCGAGUUGGAGGCCACGCAUCGCGCAG